AUCUUUUCUUUUUACAAGCUUCUUCUUCUUCCUCUCUCUCUCUACCUUUAUUCGUAGACGCUUUGCUUUUGCUUUACUUCCUCUAGUGUCUCUGCUUUACUUCUUGUUGGAGUGAAAUUCGUUUCCUUUCUUCGUCUUCCUCGUCCUCUUCUCUCCUCCUUUGUCCCAGAAACAUCUUCUCUUGCAAUCUGCCCGAUUUGGGGUGUGUUUUCUUCUUGUAUUCUUCUGAUCUUGCAUUUCCAUGUGCUGUAAAGUCGAAUUGCCUUUCCUUUCCUGAUUUGUGGUGUUUUGGGUAUUGGGUUCUGUUUCCUGGGAAAAUUUUUGUUUCUUUCCCGGGAAAAUUUACCGCGUGUUCCUUUCUGGGUUUCUGGAGAAGAACCUGGGUUUUUCCCUCCUCAGUAUCUGACUGAUUCUCCGAUCAUAUUUUUGUGUGGUGUUCAUCUGGAUUCGUCUCCCUGUUGGUUUCGGCAUUGAAUUCUCGAUUCAUCUCCUCUCAUGGGUCUCUGCCACGCAAAACCCAUCGAGCACCAAUCAAAGAGUCUCGCACUCGCCAUCUCCGGCGAGGCUGAGGAGGCACCGCCGAAAUCCUCCCGCUUUCCGUUCUACAGCCCAAGCCCCUUACCGAGCCUCUUCAAGACCUCACCGGCGGUAUCCUCGAGUGUGAGCUCCACCCCUUUCCGCAUCUUCAAGCGUCCCUUCCCUCCUCCGUCGCCGGCGAAGCACAUACGCGCCCUGUUGGCGCGUCGGCACGGCUCCAUCAGGCCCAACGAGGCCUCGAUCCCUGAAGGGAGCGAGUGCGAGGAGAUCGGUCUGGACAAGAAUUUCGGCUUCUCGAAGCAGUUCGGUUCGCACUACGAGAUCAACGACGAGUUGGGUCGCGGCCAUUUUGGGUACACUUGCUCCGCGACUGCGAAAAAGGGAAGCUUGAAAGGCCAAGAUGUGGCCGUCAAAGUGAUUCCCAAAUCAAAGAUGACCACGGCAAUUGCAAUAGAGGACGUUCGACGAGAAGUGAAGAUCUUGCGGGCUUUGACUGGUCACAAGAAUCUAGUCCAGUUCUAUGACGCGCAUGAGGAUGACGAAAACGUCUACGUUGUCAUGGAGUUAUGCAAAGGUGGUGAACUCUUGGACAGGAUACUUCAAAGAGGUGGAAAAUACUCGGAAGAAGAUGCUAAAAGAGUUAUGGUUCAGAUUCUGAAUGUAGUUUCCUACUUUCAUCUCCAAGGUGUCGUCCACCGUGACCUUAAGCCUGAGAAUUUUCUGUUCACUACAAAGGAUGAAAAUUCUCCUUUGAAGGCCAUUGAUUUCGGACUAUCCGACUAUGUGAAGCCAGAUGAGAGGUUGAAGGACAUUGUAGGGAGUGCUUAUUAUGUAGCCCCGGAGGUCCUACACCGGACUUACGGGACUGAGGCAGACAUGUGGAGUAUCGGAGUGAUAGCUUAUAUCCUUCUCUGCGGCAGCCGACCCUUCUGGGCCCGCUCUGAAUCCGGAAUCUUCCGUGCUGUCCUUAAAGCGGAACCCGAUUUCGUAGAAGCUCCUUGGCCGUCACUAUCUCCUCAUGCUACAGAUUUCGUGAAACGUUUGUUACACAAAGAUUACCGUAAAAGACUAACUGCUGCCCAGGCUUUGAGUCAUCCAUGGCUGAUGGGUUUUCAUGAAGUGAAGAUACCAUCUGAUAUGAUCAUAUAUAAGCUCGUCAGAGUGUACAUAAUGUCGUCUUCUUUAAGGAAAUCGGCUUUGCAGGCUCUGGCGAAAACACUAACUGUUUCACAAUUGGCUUAUCUGCGGGAGCAAUUUACGUUAUUGGGACCGAGCAAAAAUGGAUAUAUCUCAAUGCAGAAUUACAAAACCGCGAUCUUGAAGAGCUCAACAGAGGCUAUGAAGGAUUCAAGAGUCUUGGAUUAUGUAAACAUGAUUAGUAGCCUUCAGUACAAGAAAUUAGACUUUGAAGAGUUUUGUGCUUCGGCCUUGAGUGUGUAUCAGCUGGAAGCAAUGGAAACAUGGGAAGAACACGCACGGAGGGCUUAUGAGCUGUUUGAGAAGGACGGCAACAGGCCUAUUAUGAUCGAGGAACUUGCUCCGGAACUCGGGCUCGGGCCAUCGGUUCCAGUUCACAUUGUUCUCCAGGACUGGAUCAGACAUUCGGACGGCAAGCUCAGUUUCUUGGGUUUCGUCAGACUCCUACACGGUGUCUCCUCUCGGACAUUUCAGAAAGCUUAAGAGCUCCAUCCAGUUUCAGAGACGCGACUGAGCAUGAAAGAACUUUUCUCUGUUUGCAAAGGGCAAGAACCCUAAUUUAUUAUGAUCCCCAUCAUAAGGAAACCAGGAGAUAAACUUAUCAAUCACAUCGCAACGAUCUGGCUUGGUCUCUACAUCGUUAAUGCCCAGGUUGUAGUUUAGUAUGAUUGUCUGUCUGGGUUGUAUGAUUUGAGUUUGAAGGUUGGGGGAGAAAUGGUGGAUUUUUUGUGGUUUCAAGAGGUUUUUUUUUUUUGUACAGGGAGAGAGAAGCAGACAUGUUCCGAUAUGAAUGGUGUCACUGUCUAGUGAUGAUGGUGAUAUUCUAUGGUUGUGUGUA